GCAUUUUCAACCUGGUAUCAGAUGGAUGUUACAGCCCGCCGAAACGUCGAGCAGCUCACUGAAGAGAACCAGGAGCAUGCACUUGAGUUUGGGGCAAAGUCAUUCUCAAAGUACCUGAGCGGAACAACGCAGAUGGCCAGGCAGAUUGCAGAGACCAUCAUCCUCACCCCACAAGUGCGAUCUGCAGAUCUGACCAAGUCCAGCGCACUUGAGCAGAUGGUCUCUCCUAUCAUCCUGGCGACUCUCAAAUCCUCCCCCAGCGCCAGCUUCUGCCGCUUCCAGACCCCAGACGGCCUCGUCAGCGGCUUCCGUCGCUUUGACGACGGCGCCAUCCGGCACUUUUUCGCCAACCAAUCGAGCGCACCCCCGAGCAGCUCUACCGGGUACUCCACCAUGCCUUUGUUCAUUGUGAAUGUGGAUCGGUUUGGAAACCCGACUUCCCCGCCCAAGAGUGCACUACCCGGGGACUUCAGAGAGACUGCACCGUACAAGGAGACGUUGAUCACUGGCAAAAUGGCCUGGGGCAUCGUAUGGGCCUACAACAGCACCCUCGUCUUUCUGGCUGCGCAAGCGGUCAGAGACCCGGUUAGCAACGUAACCCUGGGCGUCGCGCUCGGCACGGCAACCACGGUCACGCUCAGUAACCUGCUCGCGAGCAACCGUCCGCAGCACGCCGGGCUUUUGUACGUCUUCGAAGCGGAGACCGGAAAGCUGAUCUGCAGCUCAGACCUCACCGGACUCUACGGCUCUAUGCGCGUCACGUCGGAUGACGCCAGCAUUCUCGUGGCCAACGCGUCGAAUCCGCUGAUGCGCGGUUCCGCGCGCGUUCUUUUCAAGGACGCCGCUACCAAAAGUCUUUCUCAAGUCGGCAACGCAAGCUUCGAGAGCGUGGACCUAGCGGGGGCCAAGCACUACGUGUCCAGCAUAGAGCUGGAGGUCGAAGGGAAGAAACUGGUCACGGUGAUGGUCAUUCCUCGGUCAGUCACCUGGGACGACAUCGACAAAACCUCCAGCCGGGAGCUGAUUAUCAUCAGCGCCAUCACGGCCGGGGUUCUCGUCCUGGGUUGCGUGCUAAUCGUGCUGCUAACCUGCCGGGUUAGCCGGGAGAUGCUCCUCCGGGCGCAGCUGAUCCGCAGUAUGCAGCUCAAGGAGCAGGCGGAGAAGGCGUCCGAUUAUAAGAGCCAGUUCUUGGCGGCCAUGAGCCACGACGUGCGGACGCCCCUCUGCUGCAUCAUAGGCUUGCUGGAGGUGCUGCUGGGCGACAGUCGGUUGCACAUCGAGCAGCGCAGCAGCCUGAAGCAGGUCCGGCUCUGUGCGCUGCAGCUGCUGGACCUCCUCAAGUCCAUCCUCGACCUGUCCAAGGUGGAGUCCGGCAAGCUGACGUUGGAGCCCGGCCCGUUUGAUUUGGGCCAGGAGCUGGAGGCGCUGGUGGACAUGUUCGCGGUGCAGUGCGCCAAAAAGAACGUCGCUCUAGUUCUCGACCUGGACGACUGCCUGCCGCGCAAGGUCGUCGGGGACUGCGCGCGCGUGCGGCAGAUCCUGGCGAACCUCGUGGGGAACGCCGUGACGUUCACGAACGAGGGCCAGAUCGUGGUCCGCGCCUCGCCGUCCGGCGCGCGCGCGCCGCGCCCCGCGCCGCGGCCCAUCCUCAAAGCGCUCCGCACGAUGGUCCGAUCGGUGUCGCAGCGCUUCUCCAGGAGUCGACGACGCACGACCGUUCGCAGCGAAGGUUCCGGUGUCCGGCAGAGCGCGCCGCCGGAACCCCGGCAGAGCGCGUUGGCGGAAUGGAUUGCGGGGUAUGCGAACAAGCUGAGAGCCGCGAUUCUGUCCCGCGUGACGGCGGAGCAGGCGGGGAAAAUCACCGUCGUCUUCGAAGUCGACGACACCGGCGUUGGCAUUCCUCCCAGCCGGCGGAAAGCGGUGCUCGGCAGCUUCACCCAGGGAUCGCGACAGGGCGGCGGAUACGGACUGGGCCUCGCGAUGGUCCGAAAUCUAGUCACCCUCAUGCGGGGGGGGCUUCACAUCGAGGACAAACAGGGGCCCGGAACUCUCUUCCGGUUCCACAUAGUGCUGGAACUUCCCCCGAGCUACGAAGAGAGCCCUUUCAGCACCCCCAAGGGGACGUUCAAGUCUAAGGCGUCGCGGCGGGCGACCGCAACCAAGACCUCGCAAGUCGCGGCGUCGCCUUUUCCCAAAGGGCCCAGCCGGAGAGCGACGGGUGUGAACACGCCCGGUGUGAACGUGCCCCAGUUCGUGCGCCAGGAGCUGUCGUUGCUGGAGCAGGUCGAGGGGGGCACCGUCCUGCUGCUGAAGGCCGACCGCGUCGGGCGCGAGGCGGCCGCGGGCUGGAUGACGCGCCGGGGGUUUAGGGUUUUGGAAGCGGAGCGGUGGGGCGGCCUGCGGCACGCGUUCCGCGUUCUGCUCGGGGGCAAGCACACCGUCUGGUUUGAGGACGAAGAGGCGGACGACCUCGCGGAACUGAGGACGGGCCAAAACGGACGUCCGAAUGGUGACGUCAGCCCAGACAGCCGCGUCCGACGUCCGUCCAGGUUUCGGCAGAGCGAAGGAGAUGCGGUCCCCGGCGAGAAAGGAACUGACAGAAACGGACGGCCGGAUGGUAACGUCAGUAGCGACAGCCGCGUCCGACGUCCGUCGGCCAUACGGCAAAGCGGAGGAGAUCCCGCUUCCAGCGACAAAGUGACGUUAGCGGACAGUCAUCUUUUCGGACAGCUUCUCGAGGGUGACAGCCGCGUCCGACCUCCGUUCGCAGUGCGGCACAGCGGAGGGGAACCCGUUCCCGGCGAGAAAGUGACGGCAGCGGACAGUCAGCUUUCCGGACAGCCUCUCGAGCGCGACAGCCGCGUCCGCCGUCCGACCGUGACAGUGACCGCCACACGGCACAGCGGCGGAGACUCCGUCCCAGGCGAGAAAGUGACGUCAGCGGGCAGUCGGCUUUUCGGACAGCCGCUCAUUGGUAAUUCGACCAGGCAAAGCGGCCGGGGCAAAGCCCCGGGCACAUGUUUCCUGAUCCUCGACACUGCGGUCGUGCCCGGUUUUCCGUCCCCCGAGGCUCUAGCCACCGCGCUGCGCUCCCUCAUGGAGGAGUACGAUCCGACGGCCCCAAACGCGCCACGUGUCGUCGUGGCGUGGCUCGUCUCGUUCGCGCUGCCCGGCGCGGUCUACGAGGAGAUGCGCUCCGCGUCCGGCUGCCGCAUCAUAGCGUAUGACGUCCUGCACCCGUCGCGCCUGAUGUCCCUCCUAACCGCUAUGGUUAGCGAUAACCCGAACCCGGACGUGUUGCUAGGAAGCGCGGUCCCGGCGGCGGCGGCUCCGGUCUGGUCCCAGUUUGUGCGGUCGCCGAAGAAGGCGUUCGCUUUAACGGAAGAGGAACGGCAGGAGGUGCUGAUCCAAUCGGGAAUGGCGUUCGCCUCGACCCGCGGCGCGGUCGACGAGAAGGGGCCGGAGCGCGCAGCGGAUUCCGCUCCCUCCGGCGGAAUCGCUUCAAGCACAGCGGAGAGAGUCUUGUCGCAGGAGUCCACGACGACGUCAGCGACAAAUGGCGAUGACGUCACCGAGAUCAAAGCCCCAGCGUCGCUGACGGUUGCAGAUAACCAGGCGGGGUCAAUCGGGGUUAACCAAACGGGUGGCGGUAAGGAAAUUGUGAGCCCGGGGAAAGAGCCGGGGGGCACGGGUUUGGCACUUGCGGGAGUUCACGUUCUGAUCGUGGAAGAUACGGUCAUGCUGCGGAAGCUGGCGACGACCAUCCUAACUAGGGUUGGCGCGAAAGUGUUCGCAGUCGAAAACGGGCGCCAGGCGGUAAACGCUGUUCUAGCCGCCAUGGCUCUGCAAUUGUGCACGCAAAAGGCCGCCCCCUCGCUGUCCGAGUUCGGCCCCCCUGCGGACGCUCUCGCGGAGGACCUGCGGACGUCCGGCUGCUUCGAUCUAGUUCUCAUGGACUGCCAGAUGCCGGUGCUGGACGGCUACGGCGCCACGAUCGAGAUCAGGCAACUAGAGCAGGGAGAAAACGUGCACGUGCCCAUCGUGGCGCUGACGGCCCACGCCAUGGCGACAGACAAGGAGAAGUGCCUCAGCGUUGGGAUGGAUGGGUAA